AUGGAUGAAAGAUUGUUUGAGGCAGCUCGAACUGGCGACGUUAGUUUAUUGCACCAAUUACUUCUUGAAAAUCCUUUGAUUCUUGCUGAUUGUCAGCUCUUGUCUCCCCACGAGAACCCGUUACACAUUGCUACCAAGGCUGGACAGUUGGCUUUUGUGCAACAAAUACUUGAACAGAGACCAGAUUUCGUAAGACAAUUAAACCAAGAUGGGUUUCGGCCACUGGACAUUGCUUCCGCAAUUGGGUACGUAGAAAUAGUGAAAGAGAUCACAACUCGUCAUCGUGAUGUUUGCCGUCUCAAGGGAAGAGAAGGAAGAACAUGUCUUCAUUAUGCUGCUAUAAAUGAAAGGGUUGAGAUUAUUGAUGAAUUACUUACCACUUGUGGUGAGUGUGCUAAAGAUUUGACAUCUCUCGGUGAAACUGCUCUUCAUCUAGCUUUGAAGUACUAUAAGCUUGAAGCCUUUAAACACUUGGUCAAAUGGCUGGAACGGCUUGGUUUGGAAGAACUUGUGAAUUCGGUCAAUAAAGAUGGGAACACAAUCUUGCACCUCGCCGUAUCUAGAAAACAACUUGAGGCAAGUCCAGCUCCACCUUAA